AUGGAGAAAGAUUAUCAGGCGUUAAUGAAGACGGAAGAAAGAACCACAAGAGAACUGAGGCAAACAUUAGGUUAUGAAGAAAAGCUUGAGAAAGAAUCCUUGAUAAUGGCAGAAUCAAGUUUUGACCCGCGUUUUAUUAUGGAAAAGACGCAAGACAGAGAAAAAACCAUGCAAAAAGUUAGAAUCUUGGAGAAUGAGAUUCAGGAACGUUCCACUUCCCCCAAUUCUGAAACUAUGAAAGUUACUUUUGACCCGCGUUUUAUUAUGGAAAAGACGCAAGACAGAGAAAAAACCAUGCAAAAAGUUAGAAUCUUGGAGAAUGAGAUUCAGGAACGUUCCACUUCCCCCAAUUCUGAAACUAUGAAAGUUACUUUUGACCCGCGUUUUAUUAUGGAAAAGACGCAAGACAGAGAAAAAACCAUGCAAAAAGUUAGAAUCUUGGAGAAUGAGAUUCAGGAACGUUCCACUUCCCCCAAUUCUGAAACUAUGAAAGUUACUUUUGACCCGCGUUUUAUUAUGGAAAAGACGCAAGACAGAGAAAAAACCAUGCAAAAAGUUAGAAUCUUGGAGAAUGAGAUUCAGGAACGUUCCACUUCCCCCAAUUCUGAAACUAUGAAAGUUACUUUUGACCCGCGUUUUAUUAUGGAAAAGACGCAAGACAGAGAAAAAACCAUGCAAAAAGUUAGAAUCUUGGAGAAUGAGAUUCAGGAACGUUCCACUUCCCCCAAUUCUGAAACUAUGAAAGUUACUUUUGACCCGCGUUUUAUUAUGGAAAAGACGCAAGACAGAGAAAAAACCAUGCAAAAAGUUAGAAUCUUGGAGAAUGAGAUUCAGGAACGUUCCACUUCCCCCAAUUCUGAAACUAUGAAAGUUACUUUUGACCCGCGUUUUAUUAUGGAAAAGACGCAAGACAGAGAAAAAACCAUGCAAAAAGUUAGAAUCUUGGAGAAUGAGAUUCAGGAACGUUCCACUUCCCCCAAUUCUGAAACUAUGAAAGUUACUUUUGACCCGCGUUUUAUUAUGGAAAAGACGCAAGACAGAGAAAAAACCAUGCAAAAAGUUAGAAUCUUGGAGAAUGAGAUUCAGGAACGUUCCACUUCCCCCAAUUCUGAAACUAUGAAAGUUACUUUUGACCCGCGUUUUAUUAUGGAAAAGACGCAAGACAGAGAAAAAACCAUGCAAAAAGUUAGAAUCUUGGAGAAUGAGAUUCAGGAACGUUCCACUUCCCCCAAUUCUGAAACUAUGAAAGUUACUUUUGACCCGCGUUUUAUUAUGGAAAAGACGCAAGACAGAGAAAAAACCAUGCAAAAAGUUAGAAUCUUGGAGAAUGAGAUUCAGGAACGUUCCACUUCCCCCAAUUCUGAAACUAUGAAAGUUACUUUUGACCCGCGUUUUAUUAUGGAAAAGACGCAAGACAGAGAAAAAACCAUGCAAAAAGUUAGAAUCUUGGAGAAUGAGAUUCAGGAACGUUCCACUUCCCCCAAUUCUGAAACUAUGAAAGUUACUUUUGACCCGCGUUUUAUUAUGGAAAAGACGCAAGACAGAGAAAAAACCAUGCAAAAAGUUAGAAUCUUGGAGAAUGAGAUUCAGGAACGUUCCACUUCCCCCAAUUCUGAAACUAUGAAAGUUACUUUUGACCCGCGUUUUAUUAUGGAAAAGACGCAAGACAGAGAAAAAACCAUGCAAAAAGUUAGAAUCUUGGAGAAUGAGAUUCAGGAACGUUCCACUUCCCCCAAUUCUGAAACUAUGAAAGUUACUUUUGACCCGCGUUUUAUUAUGGAAAAGACGCAAGACAGAGAAAAAACCAUGCAAAAAGUUAGAAUCUUGGAGAAUGAGAUUCAGGAACGUUCCACUUCCCCCAAUUCUGAAACUAUGAAAGUUACUUUUGACCCGCGUUUUAUUAUGGAAAAGACGCAAGACAGAGAAAAAACCAUGCAAAAAGUUAGAAUCUUGGAGAAUGAGAUUCAGGAACGUUCCACUUCCCCCAAUUCUGAAACUAUGAAAGUUACAUAUCACCCUCCUCCAUCAUUCAUGGGGAGGUCUGGGAAGAGAAAGAGAACAAGACUGGAGAAAGCUCAAAGAAUUGAGUUCGCUAAAAAAAUGGAGAAAGAUUAUCAGGCGUUAAUGAAGACGGAAGAAAGAACCACAAGAGAACUGAGGCAAACAUUAGGUUAUGAAGAAAAGCUUGAGAAAGAAUCCUUGAUAAUGGCAGAAUCAAGUUUUGACCCGCGUUUUAUUAUGGAAAAGACGCAAGACAGAGAAAAAACCAUGCAAAAAGUUAGAAUCUUGGAGAAUGAGAUUCAGGAACGUUCCACUUCCCCCAAUUCUGAAACUAUGAAAGUUACCAGUUUUGACCCGCGUUUUAUUAUGGAAAAGACGCAAGACAGAGAAAAAACCAUGCAAAAAGUUAGAAUCUUGGAGAAUGAGAUUCAGGAACGUUCCACUUCCCCCAAUUCUGAAACUAUGAAAGUUACUUUUGACCCGCGUUUUAUUAUGGAAAAGACGCAAGACAGAGAAAAAACCAUGCAAAAAGUUAGAAUCUUGGAGAAUGAGAUUCAGGAACGUUCCACUUCCCCCAAUUCUGAAACUAUGAAAGUUACUUUUGACCCGCGUUUUAUUAUGGAAAAGACGCAAGACAGAGAAAAAACCAUGCAAAAAGUUAGAAUCUUGGAGAAUGAGAUUCAGGAACGUUCCACUUCCCCCAAUUCUGAAACUAUGAAAGUUACUUUUGACCCGCGUUUUAUUAUGGAAAAGACGCAAGACAGAGAAAAAACCAUGCAAAAAGUUAGAAUCUUGGAGAAUGAGAUUCAGGAACGUUCCACUUCCCCCAAUUCUGAAACUAUGAAAGUUACCAGUUUUGACCCGCGUUUUAUUAUGGAAAAGACGCAAGACAGAGAAAAAACCAUGCAAAAAGUUAGAAUCUUGGAGAAUGAGAUUCAGGAACGUUCCACUUCCCCCAAUUCUGAAACUAUGAAAGUUACCAGUUUUGACCCGCGUUUUAUUAUGGAAAAGACGCAAGACAGAGAAAAAACCAUGCAAAAAGUUAGAAUCUUGGAGAAUGAGAUUCAGGAACGUUCCACUUCCCCCAAUUCUGAAACUAUGAAAGUUACUUUUGACCCGCGUUUUAUUAUGGAAAAGACGCAAGACAGAGAAAAAACCAUGCAAAAAGUUAGAAUCUUGGAGAAUGAGAUUCAGGAACGUUCCACUUCCCCCAAUUCUGAAACUAUGAAAGUUACCAGUUUUGACCCGCGUUUUAUUAUGGAAAAGACGCAAGACAGAGAAAAAACCAUGCAAAAAGUUAGAAUCUUGGAGAAUGAGAUUCAGGAACGUUCCACUUCCCCCAAUUCUGAAACUAUGAAAGUUACGUAA